AUGAAACCUGUUCUGAUCCAUUUGCAGACGCUCAAACAAAAUCUCACGACUGGUGACACGAUCGUGGGAAACAUUAUGCAUAUCAACACCAAGGCACAGCUGGAAGAGUUGCAGAGCUUGAUAGAUGCUCAUGCAUUAAAUGGCAGUAUGACUCUGAUCCUCACUGAUGAGGCCAAAGAUACACCUGGUGCUUAUCACACGCGUGUAACGGCCAAAAAGAAGAACCAAGUUAGCCGCCAACUUGAUGUUUCGCUGAUGGACGCAAUCACAGGUUCCCGGGGACCAUGGACGUUGCCUCCAGUUGAAAUCAUACAAACACAAGUCACAGCCAUAAAGAGGGUUGCAGUGCGGCUGACAGCUGCUUCGCACUUCCGUGCCUACCUUCACAGCAGUGGCUACAAGGACACUCCAAACUCCGUGCUAGCAAGCGUUGCUAGCUUGCACCCUGACAUCAAGGUCAGUCAGAUAUCUGGUGGAAAGUGGUGGUCUGAGACCAUUCAGAGCAAAGUAUUCUUGAACACAGUAAUCCAGCUUCCCGUUGCUACUGCUGACCAGCUAGUGGCCCGAAGCGGAGAAGAAGGUGUCUUCGCAUGCAAGCUUGGCGUGCAACAUAAUGACCAAAAAAUCUUUUGGUUCCCCAGAGAAGGAAAGGAAAGUGAUGAAGCAUACCACCGUCGCCUUUUCACCAUUGCGCAGUCGCGCAAAGAGGGGUUAAAGCUCAGGAAAGGUGGAUCCAAUGACUUGGGCCUCUUUGCAUCGCCGCAAGACACAGCGGCCUUUGCCAGCAACUUCAGCCACUGGUGCGCCACUGGCUUUCCGCAUGACUGGCAGCAGGAAGAGGCCCUCGCAAACAAUGGCGAGAUGACCAGUCCGUGCCAGGGCCUCCAAGAACAUUACGCGCACAAACACGCGCUGAUGAUGCCCCAGCGCGAAAGCGUAGUCUUAGCCCUGCAGCAUCGGACAUGA